CGUUGCAAGUCGUCCCGCAUCAGUCGAGCAAAAAAUGUUGACAUGAACAGAUGCGUGUUCCGCGUCGACCUAACCGUCUGAUAAUCAAUUGCAUUCAAAUGUCCAUUUAAUCAAAGUAAAGAAAAAAAACCACCAAAGUCCAGCCGUAUUUGCAUUGUAUUUUAAUCGAAUCACAUGUGCAUCAAUGCAAAUGGCAUAAUUAUAUGUUAAGUGAAAAAUCGUAUUUUGUUUACUCGAUUGCUCAACGAAAUCGGCAAAUGCUUCCCAAACGCCAAAACAAACGUGAUUUUUCUGCCGAUAUAAAAUUGGAAAUAUUUCCGUAAUUUCUUCAUGUGAGCAAUUUUAUGUGUUCGUCCUUUGCAAAAGUAGCCGCCAAACCAAUAAAAUAAAGUGCAUAGAAGUGCAUAUAUACUGCAAUAUUUGUUUCCAUUUUGGUGUCAUAAAUCGCCUCAUUUCUACCACAUGUGCUAUAUGGAUUUUAAUCGAUUUGAAAAAAAAGAAGCAAAAUAAAAAUGAAAACUCACAAUAAAUCUUUUAAAUAAAUGACGACGAGUGAACAUAAACAUUUGGAUUGAAUGGAGUGAGUGUUGUGACUGUGAAAUGCAUUAAGGGAUUGCAUUAAAGUCAACGAUGAAAUGUGGUCGUUGUGCAGAGAUUGAAAAGUGAAAAAAUCUAUUUAAACAUUUGAUCUGUGAAUGCGGAAUCAUUUUUCAACGAAUAGUUAAUCAGUCUGAAAGUGAGCUGGUUCGUAGAACUAAAGACCAAAAUCCAUGGCCUGAAAAACAUCAAAGGGAAUAAAAACAAAUAAUGGAGAUAAAUCAUUUCGUAAAGUAAACUUUGAAUUAACCAACAACAACAAAAGCAACAGACGAAAAAAUUCGGGAAAAUCAUAAUUCAAGGAUAACACUGGUUUUUGUUACUUCAUUUGCCAGUUACGAUCAAAGAAGAGCGUUGAAUGUGUGAGAACGAUCUUUCUGUGUGUGUUUUCUUUUUUGGCCGAAUCUGAAAAUCAGUCGUUGUGAUCUAAUAUGAUGCGUUUAUUCAACACAUGACGGCAAAUGCCUACAAAUUUGUUCUUUCAUCUCAUCAUCAUCAACACCACAUGAAGCAUAAAACAGAACAUAGCAUAUACGAACGAUAGUAAAACUUGGAAAAAGGCGAGAGGAAGAGAACGAAUAGGCGAAAGGCGCAUUGAGUGAAGAGUGAAUUCGCUAUGGUAUGGAUCAAAAAGCAUCGAAAAUAUAUGAAAAUCGAGUGUAGAAAAUUUCAAGCGUAUGAAGAAUUAAGAACCACACAAAGAGGGUGUGGAAGAGUGUGUAUCGGUGGAAUAAUAGCUAAAAGAGAGAAAAGAAUGCUCACAUUCAUUUGAGAGCUAUAUAAUUUUUGUGUUUUCGUUGUUUUUGUUUUGAAGAGAGGAAGACGAGAGCAAAAAAAAACACGCAGAAUUCAACUGGAGGGCAAUAAACGUAUUGUAUGUGUGUGUGUGUGCAUAUGAUAUAUUCGUAAUCACAAAAGUAUUGAUUGUAAUUAACCGCAUCCAAUCAGUGAGGAAGACGUAAAACUGAUCAUAAAAAAACAAAUCGACAAGGAACACACUGACAACGAAUGAACGAACCGACCAACCAACCAACUAACCAAAAAAAAAAUAACAACACACACUAAAGGAUUGAUUUAAAGGCAACCUACUAAAAUCCCGAAACAAAAGAAUACAUGCAUGAGGCCCACUAAUAGCGAACUGCAAGAAAAACAACCGGUUAAAAAUAAAUACACAACAUUAAAAGAAGCGCACCGACAUAGUUGAAAGAGAAGAAAAAAAGACGCAAAGAAGAAGAAAAAAAACCAAAACCAUAACUAAGAAGACAAACGAACGGAAGAAAGCGCACCGAAAGAAAUAAAAGAGCGAGCGAAUUGAGCGCGACUGAGCGCGCUCGGCAAAAUAUACACACAUAACACAGAAAACCGAUUCUCACACACGGGGGGAUUAUACUCGGUGCACUGGGCAUAAAACAUACAGAAAGAGUCACACAGAGCCAACACACAAGGAGCGAGAGAACAGAACACACCAACAACAACAACAACAACAAAAAAAAGGAGAAAAAAAAGAAGAUAUAUACUUGGAAAAGAAGCGACGCGCGAUCGAUCGACAGACUAUCCGCCCGACAGACAAGCGCUAACAUAAAAGAAACAAACGCAAGAUACCAUUGAACAGCAACCACAGCAAAUAUACUAUAUAGAUAUAUUAUACAUAUAAAAAACACACACAGCACUAACACAAAAAGUAAUAUGAUCAGCAACGAGAAAACUUAUUUGUUUUUGUUGGCAUUUAUGAUAUUUUCGUCGGCAUCGCUUUCAGAUGCAAUCAAUGAUGGAUUGGUGGUGGCGGCGGCUGCACCAGCGACAAAUCCGACACAGACCGUCGAUGCCGUCGAAAAUGAGUCUAUUGUCUUAUCAUGCGGACGAACAAAGAUGCCUGAUGAUGAUGUGAAGUGGUUUUUUAAUGACAUUUUAGUGUCGAAUCAAUCAAAACGAAAAUCCCAAAUCGAUGGUGAUCUUCACAUAAAUUUUGUGCGCCGGAAUGAUAGUGGAUAUUAUCGUUGUGUGAGAAGUCAAGCUGGCGAACAUAAUCAGCGUACUGACAUUUCAACCAUCAUCAAACUGGAAACAAUUUGGCUAACAGCUGCGGAAGUGGUGUAUAGUUCAUCGUCAACAUUGGAUGCGCAUAAAUUGUCGGCAAUUAUACUAAAAUGUCAUGUUGAUGGCAGCCCCAUUGACGAGAUACGAUGGCUGAAAAAUGGUAAACCGGUUAAUUCGAUCGGUCCCUUGGUCAUUCGACAUCCAACCCAGAGCGAUAAUGCCGAUUACAAAUGUAUGGCACGUAAUAAAAUCGGCACCGUCGUCAGCCAACCGUAUCGCGUUGAAAUUCAUGCAAAUGCACUACAACACAAUAUGGUACAUUAUGCGGUAUUUUGUGAGCCAAAGAUCACAAACGCAAACCACAUCGAAAAGUCACUGCUGUGCCGUUACGAACGAAACGGGCGAUUUCAUCGUAAACGCUCGGCAUCGGAAGGCGGAAGUCAGUCAUCAUCGACAACAUCAAAGCGGAAGAAAAUCAGCGUUGCCGAAGACAAUUCAGUUACCAUCAAUUGUGAUGUGAACCGGUUGGAUCGUAAGGCAAAUCAACUGUCGGUGCGUUGGAAAAAAGAUGGCAAAGUAAUUCGUCAGUCGGACAUUGGCAGCGAUUCAUUCAAUGGAAAUCCAAUGGAAACGCCAUCGUUCCGUGACGAUGGCCGCAUUAAUAUGGACGCAAAAAAUGGAUCAAUUACCAUUGCAUCAACAAUUCCAUCAGAUGCGGGCGUUUAUGAGUGUUCUAUCCUUCGAAAUGGCAAUGGCGUUCACAGUGUCCAACAAACCGAAUUGAAUAUUAUUGAAAAGCUAAAAUUCGCUCCGCCACCAACAUCGAACAAAGGCCUUGAAAUCGGUAGCGUUGGGAAAAUUCACUGUAAAGUUCAGGGAACUCCAACACCACAAAUCCAAUGGACAAAAGACUCAACUGGCGAUUUACCUGAAACGAUUGAAGAUAUAAAUGGCACUUUGGUGUUUAAAAAUGUGUCUGAAUCCGACCGUGGCAAUUACACAUGCCGCGCAGUCAAUAGCCAAGGAGUGAUAAGUGCAACGGUCGUAGUGACGCCAGUAAUUGCACCAAAGUUUCUGGUGAAACCACAAGGAGCCAUUCAAGUGAACGAAAUGGGCUCGGUGAUGAUUCAUUGUUUGGCCACUGGUCACCCAAAACCGAAAAUCCAAUGGGACAAAGACUUUGAUUACUUAAAUAUUAGCAACUCGGACACAAGCCGUUUGAAUGUUCUGGACAAUGGAACAUUGUACUUCACCGAGGUGCAUCUGGAGGAUGAGGGUCUGUAUGGAUGUACGAUUGGCAGUAGCGCUGGCUUGAAGCGUGAAGAAGCGCAUUUAAGUGUGAGACCGUCCGAAGAAUUGAUCACAGAUGAUGGGCAAGAAGGUAGUUUCUUUGUCGUUCGUGCCGUGCUAAUCACCGUUACCGUCGUGUUUUCGUAUAUUAUUCUGGUGAUUGGUCUAAUGUUCUGGUGUCGUGUGAAGCGUAAAGCUCGUAAAAAUCGAAUGCAACUUAUCGCCAAGGAAAAUGUGGACACAUUGUCACGUAACGACACAAAACCGAAUGAUCCGAAUGAUGAGAAUGAGCCGUGUUUAGCAGAGAGAAAUCAGAAAAAGACUGAAAAGGCAUGGAAUGGAACAAGCAAUGGUAUUAAUCAUCCUAUCACUGAAACACCGAAAGUGGAAAAUGCAAAUGCCAACAAUGCAAAAAAGCACACGAGUAAAUCGAACUUGGAUCAAAUCACCAUCCCUCGAACCAUUCUAUUUGACAUGGUUCAGGUGGGUCGUGGUGAUUUCGGUAAUUUGUACACAGCGAGAGUGAAGUUUGGCGAUUUGAAACAGCAUUUGCACAAGGAUGUCGUCACGACCAUCACCGUUGAAAAUGAGCGUGACCAAUGCAAAUCGAAUGGAUCGGUAGAAAACGUUGAUGAAAUUAAAGAAGUGUCUGAAAAUACCGAUGAAACCGUCAACUAUGCAUUGAUCAAAGCCCUUAACAAAGUCAAAGAUGAAAAUGUUUGCAUUGAAUUCCGCAGACAAUUGGAAUUGUUCCGAGCCGUUUCGCAUCGUAAUGUGGUUAAACUUUUUGGCCUGUGCCGUGACAAGGAUCCACAUUAUUUGGUUCUUGAGCACACUGAUCUUGGCGAUUUGAAGGAAUUUUUAAGUUCACGAGCCGAUCAAUUGGCCGAAAUCACAUCGAAAAAUGGAAUCGUUCAGAAGAAUCACAUCGACAAAACAGCGGACACAAUAAAAUUGCCACAGCUGCUAUCAAUUGCACAGCAUAUCGCACGUGGCAUGGACGCAAUUUAUCGAGCGCGAUACAUGCACAAAGAUUUGGCCGCUCGAAAUUGCGUCAUUACAUCCGAUUUAACCGUCAAAAUAUCGUAUCCAGCCAAUAUUAAAGAGAAAUAUAUCCGUGAAUACUAUAAGUUGAAGAACAGUAUGGUCCCGUUACGAUGGAUGGCCCCUGAGUGCAUUGAAGAUGACGACAAUACCAUCAAAACUGACAUUUAUUCAUUUGGCGUUUUGAUGUUGGAGCUGUUCACAUUCUGCACCGAAAUACCACUCGAAAAUGUGACCGAUGAGGAUUAUUUAAAGCAGCUGCAAACCAAUCAAAUUGAUCGCAAACUGCCCGAUUUCGUUCCACAAGAUAUUUCCAAGUCAUUGUUGUUAUGUUGGAAGACAAAUCCCAAGGAGCGUCCAUCGUUUAGCACCCUGAAUUCCGUGAUCUCCAAAUAUCUACAGCAAAUUGACACAAAUACAUAAGCCUAGUGCAUUUCAAUAAGAUACUGCUUGCAAUCAUCAAAAAGUCUCCCAAUCACUUUCAGUGGUAUCAAACAAAAAAACGAAGUUGAUUUCGUUCUUCAGAAGAAAAAUAAAUUUCAAAGCAAUAAUAACAGACAACGAAGGAAAUAAUGCAUUCAUAAUCGAGAGAAUCGAUAAAAUUGAUGUCAGCAGCGGGACAAUCAACGGACCACUAUUUUAUCAGUCAUUAUUACAAUAUUCAAUCACUUAAAAUAACGCAUUCGAUUGCCCUCCAUUAUGAUCAAUUUUAACCAUUUUCAUUUUUAUUUUCCAACGCGUGAAUAUUCUAGAUAUUAGAUGUUUCUCUCUUUAUUCUUUUUAAUAAUAAUUAGUGGAGAAUAGAUUAUCUGUAACACGUGACAAAAUCAUAGUAGAAUUUUAGAAGAAGGACGCAUUUUGUAUUCAUUCAUACGAUGCAAACAUUUGGUUUGCGGACAUUUUUUUUAUCAGAAGGAAACUGCGACUCUUCUGUGUCGUGGAUAUUCGAAAUUAUUAAAAUAACUUAAAUAGUCAGUUCUUAUGACGUUUUGGCCAUUUGGCUCAAAAGAUUUCUGUGUAAAGAAAAAUUCUCUGUUUUUUCUUGGAGUGAGAUUUUGUUUUCUAUAAAUUUUGGACUUCUAGUUAUCGCAAUUCAACUUCCAAGUCUCUAGUCUAAAUGCAAAAUGAUAAUUGCAAAUUAAAUUUUAAGGAUUAAACAAACAAUAAAAAUGAACAACAAAAAAACACACAACAUACACACUGUCGAUUGAUUGGUUCAUCAUGUUUUGAUUGUAUUUUAUUUUUUAAAUAACAUCUUUGUAGGCCUAUAACGAAUCGAAUUCUGUUCUAUUUAGUACAUUCAUAAAAAUAAAAAUUUGUAUUUUAAAGUAAUGAAGAAAGAAACAAACAAACAAAAAUGAUGUAUUUACAAAGUUUACAAUUUAAACGACACAGACAUACACAAAAUUAUUUAAUAAAAUAUGCAUUCACAUGUGCAGAUGCAUAGACAUUUUACUGUA